AAAGUAAUAAAACUUCCCAGUGCUCAACUUGUAAAACAUCUCGAGCAAUAUGGGUUUUGAAAAGCUGUUUCUGCAAUCUUUUCUAUUCAUCCUCCAUUUGGUGUUUUGUUCUUCCAAAGACACCUUAACCAUAAACCAAACCAUUCAAGAUGGGGACCUUAUAAUCUCCAAGGGAAAUAGUUUUGCACUUGGGUUUUUCAGCCCUGCUAGUUCCAAGUUCAGAUAUCUUGGAAUCUGGUUCAAUCAAGUAAAACUGCAAACAGUUGUAUGGAUAGCAAAUAGAAACAAUCCAAUCAAUGGUUCUUCUGGAGUUCUAUCAAUUGAUCCCUAUGGAAAUCUCGUUCUCCAUAGCAACCAAGACAUGAGAUUUUCAGUGUGGUCUACAAAUAUCACAAUGAAAGUGACGGACACUUGUGUAGCUCAACUCUUGGAUUCAGGAAAUUUGGUGUUGUUUGAAGACAGAAGCAAAACAAUUCUAUGGCAAAGCUUUGACUAUCCUACAGAUACUCACCUUCCAGGACUGAAGAUUGGCUUGAAUCAAAGGACAGGUUUGAGCAGGUCCCUAAGUUCAUGGAGAUCACAAGAUGACCCAGCAACUGGAGACUACUUGGUUGAGAUCGACCCAACAGGAUCACCGCAAGUCUUUCUCUCCAAGGGCACAACCCGUUAUUGGCGAAGCAUGCCAUGGCCAUUGAAAGGUUAUGCGGAUUCUGUAAAUUUUACUUUCAUCAACAAUGAAUAUGAAAUUUUCACCUCCUUCUCUAUUAUCGAUGCUUCUGUUAUUACUAGGGUAGUCUUAGAUUAUUCAGGAGCGAUACUACACCAGAUAUGGCAUGAAAAGGAUGGUGAAUGGAAAAAUUGCUGGUCAGGACCAAAAUAUCAAUGUGAUACAUAUGCACAUUGUGGUACUAAUGCUAAAUGUAAUCCUCACAGAUUAAAUCUUAGAUUUGAAUGCGAUUGUUUACCUGGGUACGAACCGAAAUCUCCAAGGGACUGGAAUAUUCUGAAGGAUGCAUCAGGUGGGUGUGUCAGGAAGCGAUUAGAGUCUUCUUCACUGUGCGGAAGUGGAGAAGGGUUUGUGAAACUGGAAGACGUUAAGGUUCCUGAUACUUCUGUAGCAGUUUGGGUUGCCAUGAACAUGAGUCCCAUAGAUUGUGAAAAGGAAUGCAAAAGGAAUUGUUCAUGUACUGCAUAUGCAAGCAUAGACAUUCUUGAAAGUGGGACUACUGGUUGUUUGGCUUGGUUUGGAGGACUAAUAGACGUUGUAGAGUUUGUGGACGAGGGAUAUGAUCUUUAUGUUCGAGUUGAUUCACUUGAAUUAGCUGAAAUCAAGCGGCAAUCAAUGGGUUUUCUUGAAAGGAAGGAUACGCAAGCCAUCUUAGUAGUAUCUGUAGUUUCAGCCUGGUUUAUCAUUAUCAUAUUUGCAUAUUUAUGGCACAAGAGGAAGAAAAGAAGGGAAAGAAACAAGUGGAAUGAAAGUCUACUGCACAAAAUUGGCGAUUCAUAUUACCACAAGGAAACUAUAGUGGCCAAUGAAGUUGGAGAUAGUAUGAGUUAUCCACACAUUGCAUUUUUUGAUAUGGGCAUGAUGCUUGCUGCAACUAAUAAUUUCUCCCCAUCUAACAAAUUAGGUCAAGGUGGAUUUGGCUUGGUUUAUAAGGGUCAAUUGUCUAAUGGGCAGGAGGUAGCCAUUAAAAAGCUAUCUAAAAGUUCAAGACAAGGAAUAGAAGAAUUCAAAAAUGAAGUUAUGCUGAUUGCAAAGCUUCAGCAUAAGAACCUUGUGAAACUUCUAGGAUGUUGUAUUCAAGGAGAAGAACCAAUGUUAGUUUAUGAAUACAUGCCAAACAAAAGCUUGGACUCCCUUCUUUUCGAUGAAAGAAAUAUGUCAAUUUUAGAUUGGAGAAAACGAUUUGAUAUUAUUGUUGGAAUUGCUCGUGGGAUUUUAUAUCUUCAUCAAGACUCGAGAUUGAAAAUUAUCCACAGAGAUUUAAAAUCUAGCAAUAUUCUACUAGAUGGAAAUAUGAACCCAAAAAUUUCAGACUUUGGUAUGGCUAGAAUCUUCAAAAUAGACCAAAUACAGGAGGAGAAGACAAGGAGAGUAGUUGGAACAUUCGGCUAUAUGUCACCAGAGUACGUGGUUUUCGGAAAAUUUUCAGAAAAAUCUGAUAUCUUCAGUUUUGGGGUAAUAUUAUUAGAAAUCAUUACAGGGAAGAAGAAUAAUAGUUUCCAUCAAGAGGGUUCCUGCCUUACCUUAAUAGGACAUGUGUGGAAUUUGUGGAAAGAAGAAAGAGCAUUGGAGAUAGUUGAUCCAUUGGUGAAGGACUCAAAUUUCUCUCAUGAAGUCUUGAGAUGCAUCCAAAUUGGACUCUUAUGUGUGCAAGAAAAUGCAAAGGAUAGACCAACCAUAUUAGCAAUUGUGUUGAUGUUGAAUAGUGAAAGUAUUCUUCCUUCUCCAAAUGAACCUGCUUUUAUCCUCAAAAAAUGUAAUUCUAAAACAAAAGAAUUAUAUUCUGUAAAUGAGUUAACAAUUUCUAAUAUUACAAGUCGUUGAAAAUAUAGGCUCCACUUUGUGUUAUGGGUAGGAUGUAAAAAAAGUACUUUAUUAAAAAAAUAUCAUUUUAGAUGUUAUUGGGAACAAAUUGCUUUAAUGUUCUUAUAUUAAAUUAAAAACACAAUCAAAAUUAUGGGACUGUUGGUGAAAUGUACCCCUAGAUUUAUGCUUCAUCAAUC